AUGGGAAACCAUGUAAUGAGUGAAAGAACAACAUUGGAUCAUUGCUAUAGCAAACAAAUCCACCAGAAGGGAAGGUCAAAUGUUAUAACAGAAGACCCUCUCCAGGUCAAAAAUAAAAUGACGAACUAUCUAAUGAGCACAGAAACAACUUUGGACCAUUACAAUGUCAAACCAUCCAACCAGAAAGGAAGGAAAAAUGUUAAAUUUGAAGACCUUCCUGAGGAUGUGCUUCGCACAAUUUUAUCGAAAUUGCCUGUAAAAGAGGUUUUGAAGACUAGUGCUUUAUCAAGUCAGUGGAGAUAUUCGUGGACUAUCUGUCCCAAAUUAAGUUUCAAUAGUGUUGCCGUACGUGGCGGGAUUAGGCUUGACGAACAAAAAAAUGAACAGCAGAAUUUCAUUGAUGACGUUAGUUUGGUUUUGCAAAAGUAUCAAGGCAAAGAAGUUGAAAAUUUUGAAGUCAAAUAUGCAUUUGACAGCAAGCUGGUUGAUCAUCUCAAUUGCUGGGUUAGUUUUGCUGUGUCGUCACGGAUGAGGAAUCUAGCUUUAGAUCUAGCACCUACCAAAUCUGGGGGUCGUGAUGAUCGUUAUGCGUUUCCGUUUGGACUGUUUGACAGUGAGAGCCUAGCACGUCUUCAGUGCAUUCAACUAAGUUUUGUAUUGUUGAAAUUACCUAUGCAGUUCAGAGGUUUUCCGAACCUGAGAAAGCUAGAUCUGAACUUGCUGCAUGUCACUAGCAAUGAUCUUGAGAAUAUGUUGUCCAAUUGCUACAGUCUCGAGUGGUUGAGCAUUGUAAGAUGCCAUCUGAAUGAUGAACUUAGGGUUGAAAGCCCGAUGUCCCAUCUAUGUACUUGCGAGUUGUGA